GGAACUCAACCAACCUUGACUGCAGCUCAAUUUUGAUGGUGAUUUUUCGUUUUGGGGAAAGGGAAGAGGGAAAGAGAGAGAGAGGGAGACAGAUUUGACCCUCUCUCCGCCAUGGCCCAUCGACCUUCCUCCUCCUUUCACACCAACACCUUUUAAUUUUUUCCUCCUCCUGAUCUUCCUUUUCUUCUUCUCCUGUCAGUCUCCCUUUCCUGCCCUCUUUUAAUCCCUCUCUCUCCUCUUGACAAAGUCCACCAGAAAAAUUUUGGUCCUUCAUUCUCUCUAUAUUUCUCUCGUUUCUUUCUUCCUCUAAUAGUUUGUUUCUGGCAAGAACCCAGUUUCUCUUCCCGUAAAAUUUCUUGCUUCCUUGCACAGUUGCACCCAUUUCUCCUUACCCACCUUUCUUUGAAACCAUAUAUCCAAUUUUGUAUAGUUCUGUUUUUUUAUCGCGGCAAAGGAAAAGGAAAAUUGGGUUUUUGUUUCUGUUGAUCUUCCCUUCAAGCUGCUUUGGUUUUUGUCACCCAAAGGCGGGGAAGAUUUGGUGGUUUUUUUCUCCAAUUGUAAUUGCAUUUUUUUGGGUAGUCAAUCUAUGGGUAAUUGCUGUGCAUCCCCGGGGAAUUCUGAAGGGAAGAAGAAGAAGAGGAAGGCGAAGAAGCAGAACCCCUUCUCUGCGGAUUUUCAGACGAACAAGGGAUCUGGCGCACCAGGAAGCAAGUUCGCUGUCCUGAGUAACGCCACCGGCCACGACAUCGAAAGCCGGUACGAACUCGGCCGGGAGCUCGGCCGCGGCGAGUUCGGGAUCACCUACCUCUGCACCGAUCGGGCCACUCAGGAGGUCUUCGCAUGCAAGUGUAUAUCGAAGAAGAAACUUCGGACUCCGGUCGACGUUGAGGACGUCCGGCGCGAGGUGGCAAUCAUGAAGCAUCUGCCCAAGCACCCUAACAUAGUCAGUCUCAAGGACACCUACGAGGACGACAAUGCUGUCCACCUCGUGAUGGAACUGUGCGAGGGAGGCGAACUCUUCGAUCGGAUUGUCGCCCGCGGCCAUUACACUGAACGGGCGGCCGCGGUUGUCACGCGCACAAUUGUUGAAGUCGUGCAGCUCUGUCACAAGUAUGGGGUCAUGCAUAGAGAUCUGAAGCCUGAAAAUUUUUUGUUUGCAAAUAAAAAAGAGGCAGCUCCCCUGAAGGCAAUUGACUUUGGUCUCUCUGUUUUUUUUAAGCCUGGUGAGCAAUUCUCUGAAAUAGUAGGCAGUCCAUAUUAUAUGGCGCCAGAAGUGCUGAAGCGGAAUUAUGGUCCAGAAGUCGAUGUGUGGAGUGCAGGCGUUAUUCUGUAUAUUUUACUCUGUGGAGUGCCUCCUUUUUGGGCAGAAACUGAACAGGGUGUUGCACAGGCAAUUAUUCGUUGUAUCAUUGAUUUUAAAAGGGAUCCAUGGCCCAAGGUUUCAGACAAUGCAAAAGACCUUGUGAAGCGUAUGUUAGACCCUGAUCCCAAGCGUCGACUGACUGCGCAGGAGGUGCUUGAUCAUCCUUGGUUGCAGAAUGCCAAAAAAGCUCCAAAUGUUCCGCUUGGUGAGACCGUUAGAGCAAGGCUGAAACAAUUUUCUGUCAUGAGCAAAUUUAAGAAGAAAGCACUGAGGGUUAUUGCUGAGCACUUGUCGGUUGAGGAAGUGGCUGGUAUAAAAGAGACGUUUGACAUGAUGGAUUCAAAUAAAAAAGGCAGAAUCACAUUCGAAGAACUGAAAGUGGGUUUGCAUAAGAUAGGUCAUCAGGUUCCUGAUUCAGAUGUUCAGAUGUUGAUGGAAGCUGCUGAUGCUGAUGGAAGCGGGACCCUGGAUUAUGGUGAAUUUGUUGCUAUUUCGAUCCACUUGAAAAAGAUCGGAAAUGAUGAACAUUUGCACAAAGCAUUUUCCUAUUUUGAUCAGAACAAAAGUGGAUACAUAGAGAUCGAGGAACUGAGAGAUGCCUUGGUUGAUGACUUGGGUCCAGACAAUGACGAAGUUGUCAAUUCAAUAGUCAGAGAUGUUGACACUGACAAGGACGGGCGCAUAAGCUAUGAGGAGUUUGCUACAAUGAUGAAAGCUGGAACUGAUUGGAGGAAGGCCUCGAGGCAAUAUUCACGUGAGCGGUUUACAAGCCUGAGCUUGAAGUUGUUCCAAGAUGGAUCUUUACAGCUAACAAAUGAGGCAAGAUGAUAAAUUUUGUGGAAGUGGCAGUAUUUCAUCCUUGUGCAAGUUCACCAAUUCUUUCCUUCUAUUUGGCUUUCACAUGGACCCUCGCUAGAUGAAGGGGGAACAGGGUUGUGCAUUCUUGGUGACAUACCAUUUUGUUGCUUGUACUUGGGCGGAGGUAGUGAAUAGAUCCUGCAAUUCAACCAGCAAUGGGGUAGUGGGAGUGGAGAUGUCUUCUGUACAUAUAGCUAUUUGACAACAGCUAAUAUUGUUUCAAAGUUGUGAAAUUCCCUUAAUUUUUUGAGUA